AUGGAUUUCUUGAGUUGCAUGCUAAUGUGUCUUAUGGUUGCCUGGAUCUCAAUCCAUGCCCUCUAUUAUUCAUUUGCAAGAACAAGUCCCAAUAAGCUUCCGCCCGGACCAAAGCCACUUCCUUUCAUUGGAAAUCUUCUAGAGCUUGGAAACAAACCCCACCUCUCCCUAACCAAGCUUUCACAACGCUAUGGCCCCAUUAUGACUUUACAUCUUGGUCAAAUCACAACUGUUGUAGUUUCUUCAUCCGCCAUAGCUAAACAAGUCCUGCAAACCCAUGACCAAUUGUUUUGCAACCGAACAGUAUUAGAUUCAGUCCAAGCCUGUAAACAUGGCGAGAACGGCAUGCCCUGGAUACCUGUUUCAGCUAAGUGGAGAAACCUUCGCAAAAUAUGCAACUCCCAAUUGUUCGCCACCAAAGUUCUCGACGCCAGCCAAGCCAACCGUCACCUAAAAGUGCAAGAGCUCAUAGCUGAUGUCCAUGAAAGCGCUGUAAAAGGUGAUGCAGUGGAGAUUGGAAGAGCGGCUUUCAAAACUACGCUCAAUUUGAUGUCACGGACUGUCUUCUCUGUGGAUUUAGCGGACCAGAAUAGUGAGAGGGCUAGAGAGUUCAAGAAGCUGGUGCGGAGUAUUAUGGAAGAGAUUUCGAAACCAAACUUGGCUGACUAUUUUCCAGUGCUUAAAAAGAUUGACCCCGUGGGGAUACGGCGCCGUUUGACUCGUCACUUCCUGAAGAUGUUUGACCUCUUCGAUCGCUUGAUCAUCCAAAGAAUGGAAUCAAGAAAAGCACCUGACUAUAUCAUGACCAGUGAUAUGUUAGAUACCCUUAUAAACAGUAGUGAAGAGAAAAAUGAGGAUAUGGACAUGGUUGAAACUCAACAUUUGUUCCUGGAUCUAUUUGCUGCUGCCACAGAUACAACUUCAGCCACAUUAGAAUGGGCAAUGGCUGAGCUACUACGCAACCCCGAAAAUCUGUCAAAAGCUCAAGAGGAGCUGAAGCACAUCAUUGGCAAAGGAAAACCGGUGGAGGAAUCAGACAUCACUCGGCUCCCUUACUUACAAGCCAUAAUCAAAGAGACCUUCCGCUUGCACCCAGCAGCUCCAUUGCUAAUUCCUCGCAAAGCUGGAGCAGAUGUAGAAAUCUGCGGGUACAUUGUACCAAAGGGUGCACAAGUUUUGGUCAAUGCAUGGGCCAUAGGCAGAGACCCCAGCAUCUGGGACAACCCAAACUCCUUUAUGCCAGAGAGGUUCUUGGGAUUGGACAUGGAUGUUACAGGGAGGAACUUUGAGCUUAUCCCGUUUGGUGGUGGACGGAGAAUUUGUCCUGGGUUACCAUUGGCAAUGAGAAUGCUGAACUUGAUGUUGGGGUCACUUCUUAACUGCUUUGAUAACUGGAAGCUUGAAGAUGGGGUUGCACCAGAGACCAUGAACAUGGAAGACAAGUUUGGCCUCACUUUAGAGAAGGCUCAGCCUCUAAUAGCUGUGCCCAUGACAUAG